CAUGUGCCCUGACGGGGAAUCGAACCGUGACCUCCUGGCUCACAGGCCUGCCGGGCUUUAGGAUGGUCUUUUAAGAAAAGAUUGCUAGGGGGCCUCGAACCUAAUGGGUGCCCUUAUUUUUGUCAUAAAACUCACCUGUGCGUGGAGGCCGGGCACCCGUCCGGGGUCCCCACGGGUGUGGAACCUGCUGAUGAAAGCGAGGUUCCCCCCACGUAACGCGUGUUUGCUUUACAUGAAGUCCUCCGUUCAGAGACUGGCUUCAGGACAAAGAGAAGGAAGGGGAACGUGUCUGAACAAAAGGAGUUUUCCUUCGAGCCAGGCCGGCCUGGAGCCUCCGCGCAGCGAAGUGGCCCCUCCUCCCCUGGCAGACACCUCUCCACGGCGGCGGGGUUCCUCCCGGUGGCUCCAUGAGGACAAAGGGCGUGCCCUCCCCGGCCAGGACGCCCGAGCCUCUCCUCUCGCUGCUGCGGUCCAUGCCAAGGCCCCGGGACAUGCAGACGCUUCCUGAGGGCCCGACCCGCCACCAUGAGGCCCCACCUGCGGAGACUCGCCCACCUGGGCCGCGCUGCCCGCUGGCUCCUGCUCUUGGCCGGGUUGCUUUUCCUCCUGUUCACCCUGCCCGCCUUCGUGAAGGAGCCGAAUACAAAGCCCACCAGGCAUCACAGGAUAGAGGACAUUAAAGAGAGGUCCUGGCCAUCACUGCAGGAGACCUCGCCCCCGGCGCCCCCCGUGGACAGGAGGGCCCCCACCCACGCAGGGUCCACGCAGGAGAGAAGCACGCUGGACACGCGCCCUGAGGCCGCGGGCUACACAGAGGCCAUGGGCCACUCGGAGGCCACAGGCUACACAGAGGCCACGGGCUACACAGAGGCCACGGGCCACACGGAGGCCACGGGCCACACAGAGGCCAUGGGCCACACGGAGCCCAUGCUGGAAAGCCGGGCUGAGGGGCUGCCCCCCACGGGAGCAGGGUCACCCACGAAGAAAACCAAAGGAGUGACCACAGAGACGGCCGCCCCACGCGCCACCCCUUCCCGGAGCCCCGUCGCACAGACCACCCCCAGGCUGCGGGCCGCCAACUUCAAGGCUGAGCCCAAGUGGGACUUUGAGGAACAAUACAGCUUGGACGUGGGGGGCUUGCAGACGACCUGCCCCGACUCCGUGAAGGUGAGAGCCUCCAAGUCGCUCUGGCUCCGGCAUCUCUUCCUGCCCAACCUCACCCUCUUCCUGGACUCCAGACACUUCAACCAGAGCGAGUGGGAGCGCCUGGAGCACUUCGCCCCGCCCUUCGGCUUCAUGGAGCUCAACCACUCCGUGAGUGCGGUGCCUCCGCCAGCGGCCGGGGGUCUGCCUCUUCCCUGGGGGCCCCCGUGGAGCACCCGGUGCGUCAGCUGCGCCGUGGUGGGCAACGGGGGCAUCCUGAACGACUCCCACGUGGGCCAGGAGAUAGACGGCCACGACUACGUGUUCCGAUUGAGCGGCGCUGUCACUAAGGGCUACGAGCAGGACGUGGGCACUCGGACAUCUUUCUACGGCUUCACCGCCUUCUCCCUGACGCAGUCACUUUACCUGCUGGGCAGCCAGGGCUUCCAGCACGUGCCUCUGGGGAAGGACAUCCGCUACCUGCACUUCCUGGAAGGCACCCGGGACUACGAGUGGCUGGAGGCGCUGCUCCUGAACCGGACGGUCAAGGAAGGCAGCCUCUUCUGGUUCAGGCACAGGCCCCAGGUCGUCUUCCGCGAAGCCCUGCGACUGGACCGGUACCUGCUGCUGCACCCGGACCUGCUGCGCUACAUGAAGAACAGGUGGGCGGCGGACGGCUCUGGGGUUCCCGCCUGCUCGGCACUGCCCCGUCCAGCGGUGGCGUGGGCUGGGGUGCGGGUGCACCAGGGGCCUGCACCCAGACCUGGGAGGGGAAGGGGGACACGGCGCACACAGACCCUGAGAAGAGGCCAGGAGAGAGCGACACAGGCUGUUUCUCCACCGACCUCGACGCAGGUGAGCGCCUACGGCUUCAUCACCGAGGGCCACGAGCGCUUCUCCGACCACUACUACGACCGGUCGUGGAAAAAGACGGUCUUUUACAUCAACCACGACUUCGCCCUGGAGAGGACGCUCUGGAAGCGGCUGCAUGACGAGGGGAUCAUCCGGCUGUACCAGCGCCCAGUGGAGCCCAAGCAGAAGGUCUGAUGGGCCCCUCAGGCCGGGCCAGGCCCCCGCCCCUCCGGGCCUGGGAGGGAACAUCGUCUGUCCGUCUGUCCGCACCAUGAGGGACGCCCUGAGACGGCCAUGACUGGCGUUGGGAAAAGAGCUUGGAAAGUUGCUGAAGGUUCUGUCCCGGGGGGAGGACAGGGCGCCUUUCUUUUCUUUUUUCUCUUUUUUAAUCCUCACCAGAAGGUAUUUCCC